GUCUGCAACCAGCUCGCUCGCGAGGGAGUCCACACUUGCGAUCAGGAAUUCUACUAUCUCGGAUCGAAACGGCCUGAAGGAGACACUGAAGUUUCUGCCGAGUCCUGACUCUGGUGAUUGAAUGUUUGGCGUUCCCUAUUCUCCUUAAUACUCCAGAGUAGCGAGGAUGUCAAAAUCCAAGAUCUUCACUCCCACGAAUCAAAUUCGACUCACGAAUGUCGCCAUCGUGCGAAUGAAGAAAUGCGGUACUCGAUUCGAGAUUGCCUGUUACAAGAACAAGGUUGUGUCGUGGAGGAACAAGGUCGAGCGGAAUCUGGACGAAGUCCUGCAGAUGCAAGUUGUCUACACGAACGUAUCGAAGGGUCAGGUCGCGAAGAAGGAGGAUCUUGUCAAAUGUUUCGGCACCGACGAUCAGACAAAGAUCUGCGAGGAAAUUCUAAGCAAGGGCGAGCUUCAGAUUUCUGAGAAGGAACGUCACACACAGCUGGAAUCAACAUUCAAAGACAUCGCGAACAUAGUGGCCGACAAGACCGUUAAUCCCGAGACCAAACGGCCGUAUCCUGUUUCGAUCAUUGAGAAAUCCAUGAAAGACAUACAUUUUUCCGUCAAGCCGAACAGAACGGCUAAACAGCAAGCCCUCGAAGUCAUCCGCGCUCUGGAAGAUACGAUCGACCUACAACGAACCCAGAUGACCCUUCACAUCGUAGUCGCCAAUGGAAAAGCACACAAAGACCGUCUGAGGGACCUCGUAACCGAGGUUGUGGAAGAAAAGAUCUCCGAGCGAGGAGACCUAGAAAUGACGUUCCUCACAGACCCGGGAAAUUUCCGUGCACUUGAUGACCUCAUCAAUAAAGAGACCAAGGGCAAAGGUUCCCUGGAAGUUGUAAGUCUGAACGAAGUCGCUGACGAUGACGAGGUGAUUGAAUAAAACUCUGAUUUCUCCCU